UUACAUGAUGGACCAGAUCAAGAAUCGAGGCCUGGACGUCAAAUCCUUUCUUGAGGGGAAGAUGGUGGUCCUGGCUCUGGCCAUAGGUGUGGCCGAGCAAGAUGACUUUGCCAAUAUCCCUGACCUGCAGCAGGAAACAGCACAGGCAGCACCAGCAGCCAAUCAGGAGCCCCCUCCUGAGAAGAGGGGCAACAAGCCAGCUAACAGCCCCAAGGGCCAGCCUCCUGAUGCCGACGGCCACUCCUCUGUGACCGACCUGGCUAACUCUCUCACUGGAGACAUGGUGAUGCUGUCUCCGGGUUCAGAGGAUGACGACGGCGAAGGGCCUAUCAGUGAAAAGCUCGGCCGGAUCCAGUUCAGCAUAGGCUACAGCUUCCAGAACACAACCCUCACCGUCAAGGUCCUCAGGGGCCAGGACCUCCCGGCCAAAGACUUCUCUGGCACAUCAGACCCCUUUGUAAAAAUCUACCUUCUACCUGACAAAAAGCACAAGCUGGAGACCAAGGUCAAGAGGAAGAACCUCAAUCCCCACUGGAACGAAACCUUCCUAUUUGAGGGCUUCCCUUAUGAGAAGGUGAGAGAGCGUACCCUCUACCUUCAGGUGUUGGACUACGACCGCUUCAGCAGGAAUGACCCCAUUGGAGAAGUGUCAAUCCCCCUUAACAAGGUGGAGCUGGGCCAGAUAAAGACCUUCUGGAAGGAGCUCAAGCCCUGCAGUGAUGGCAGUGGGAGACGAGGAGACCUGCUGCUGUCUUUGUGCUAUAAUCCCACUGCCAACACCAUCACUGUGAACAUCAUUAAAGCUCGCAAUCUCAAAGCCAUGGAUAUCGGGGGCACCUCAGAUCCAUAUGUUAAGGUGUGGCUGAUGCACAAGGACAAACGUGUAGAGAAGAAGAAGACAGUGACCAUGAAGCGCUGUCUGAACCCUGUCUUCAACGAGUCCUUCCCCUUCGACGUGCCCGCCCAUGUGCUGAGGGAGACCACCAUCAUCAUCACGGUCAUGGACAAGGACAGGCUCAGCCGCAACGAUGUUAUCGGCAAGAUCUACCUAUCGUGGAAGAGCGGACCAGCUGAAGUGAAGCACUGGAAAGACAUGCUCGCUCGGCCGCGCACUAACGUGGCCCAGUGGCACGCUCUCAAGGCCUGAUCGCACCGCCCAGCUUCCUCCAUGGCCCCUUCCCCAUCUCCUACUCCCCCUCCUCCUCCCUCCCCUUCUCCUUCUCCUCCUUCUCUCACUCCCCUCCUUAUGCACAAGACUGACUUGCUGCCAGGCUGCGAAACACGGGUACAAUUAGCCAUCUGCUCUCUUAAACCUUUAAACUCCUUUUUUUUUCUUUCAAACUCUUUAGUUUUCCUCCUCUUCAUACAGCGUGUCUUACUUUUUGCAUCCUACCACUUUGACAAUAGUCCCCCUGUUUCUGACUGUCUGUGUGUCUGUCUGUCCUUAUGCACUUUGCCUGUGGAGGUCUGAUGUUCACUUUCUUUGUCGGCCCCUUUAUUCUGAACUGCACUGCAGCCCCUGACCCAUUUAAGGUGCCAGUCCCGUGGGAUCACAGAGAAUCUUAAGUAGUGGUCUAAUCUCGUAUAAUCCUAUUGUAUGACUAUUCCAGGUACACAAUACUAUACAGUAUGUACUAUAUGUACAUAUACAUAUGAAUAUAUUAGGAGUAGAGAUUGGCAGA